CACGCUUUAAGGUUCCUAUGGAGGGACAAGCCUACUGACCAACUAAAAACGUAUGUAAUGACAUCACUGCCGUUUGGGGCUAAUUGCAGUCCGUUUGUUAGUCAGUUUAUCAAAAACUUGAACGCGCGACGGUUCGAGUCAACUAUGCCGGAAGCUGUCGAUGCGAUAUGUAAUUCGCAUUACGUAGAUGACUACAUAGACAGUUUUGCAGACGAAGCCUCGGCCAUCCAAAUGGUAAGAAAUAUAAAUUCAAUUCACAGUGCCGGCGGUUUCGAGAUGAGAAACUGGACUAGCAACAGUGUCUCAGUUUUAAAUAGUCUGCCAAAUCAAACCUUAGGUACAGCGGCCGUAAGGUUUAAAGUCGAUCAGCAGCAACAAGGUGAGCGUACUCUCGGGCUAAUAUGGUAUCCAGUCGAUGAUAAGUUAACUUUCGACUUAUCAUUAAAACGGAUUCCCGAAAGUAUUGUCAACGGUGAUGAGCGUCCUACAAAGCGUCUUAUGCUUAGGGUAAUAAUGUCGAUUUUCGAUAUCUUAGGAUUCUUAUCUCCUUUCACCAUUCAGGGACGUAUUAUGCUGCAGGAUACCUGGCGAUUAAAUGUAGAAUGGAAUGAUUACAUUCCGGAUGCUAUUUACAACAAGUGGCGAAAAUGGAUUGACCUACUUAAGGUAAUUAGCGACAUACGUAUACCAAGGUGCUAUCAGUCAGCUAUUCGCAAUCACAACCACGGAGAUGUCGAGUCUCCAUCUGUGCGAGUAAGCGAGACGGCAGAUCACCCGAGCGGAGCAUCUGCUGGUACCCCGAGCGCGACGUUGCCGCUAUCGACGAUCGCGCCUGGCAACGGUGCGCCUACGUCAUGCGCUACGAAGGUCUACGAAUCCGUAGCAGAAGCUACAAGCGCUACGCGUACGGCAAAGGUAGGUUAUAAUAACUUACAAUUGCAUGUGUUUUGUGAUAGUAGUACUCGGGCUAUGUGUACUGUUGCUUAUUGGCGUUGGGAGAUAAAUGGUUGCAUUAAAGUUGCCUUUAUUGCCAGUAAAUGUAAAGUUAUGCCUGUGAAACCAUUGACAGUACCUGCACUAUUAGCCGCAAGGCUGGCUAAUACAAUAGGUAAGGAGCACAAGAUAGUUCCCGAGCGGCGUUACUUCUGGUGCGACAGUUCAACUGUGUUGCACUGGGUGCGUAACAAUACGCGCUCAUAUAAAACGUUCGAAGCGAACCGGUUGGGCGAGAUUGAUGAGUUAUCCCGCGUAGACGAGUGGAAUUAUAUACCUACAAAGCUAAAUGUAGCGGAUUUAGCUACGCGGGAGACUUUCGAUCAUGCUCAACUAGAUAAAUGGUUCGCGGGUCCGAAUUUUUUAUAUGAAGACGUAUCCUUAUGGCCAAAAGAUGUGAUUUUGUCACAGUCAGACGCCGUGUCGCCUGAAUGUGUUGCUGUCGUACACGACGGUUCAAUUGGACUGGCUGUACCGGACCCAUUGCGGUUUUCUUCUUGGUUGCGCUUGAAGCGGGCCACAGCUACGGUACUAGCGUUUAUCGACAGAUGCAAAGGUACUCAGAGUCAAGUCGACUGCGGUACUAUGGAACGAGCUGAAAGAUUGCUUAUACAGCACGCACAGGCGGAGUCCUUCGGCGAAGAUAUCGCCACUAUUAAAAAUGGUAAGCCAUUGCACCGCUCUAGUAGAUUGCUCUCUCUGUCACCGGUGUUGGACGAACAUGGUCUGCUGCGGGCGAGCGGCCGCAUCGAUGCUGUAACAGACGUACCUAUUGAUGUUAAGAGGCCGGUGAUACUCGAUGGUCGGCAUCAGGUGAGUAAGUUGAUCGUCCGAGAUUAUCACGUGAGGCUGGCGCACGGGAACCAAGAAACCAUAGUUAAUGAGGUAAAACAACGGUUCUGGAUCUUACGUCUAAGACCAACCGUGAAGUUCGUAGCAUCAUCCUGUAUGCUGUGCAGAAUUCGUAAGUGUCAACCGCGUAUUCCGCGAAUGGGGAACUUACCGAGGGCACGAAUGGCGCACCAUCAGCGCGCAUUCUCAUACUGCGGUUUAGACCUGUUCGGACCGAUGGAGGUCGUCGUGGGACGACGACGCGAGAAAAGGUAUGGAGUUUUGUAUACUUGCCUGACGGUGCGCGCGAUCCACAUUGAGCUAGUCUCCUCUCUGACUUCGGACUCGCUGAUAAUGUCGCUGCGUCGGAUGGCGGCCAGGCGUGGCUGGCCAUCACACCUGUUCUCCGAUAACGGGACAAACCUGCGUGGUGCCUGCACUGAGCUGCAGCGAUCGAUGCAGGAACUGAACGCCGAAGAGCUGAAAAGCUACGGUGCCAACAAAGGUAUGGAGUGGACUUUUAUCCCUCCCGCUCCAUUGGGGUGGGGCGUGGGAGAGGCUAAUUCGUAG